AUGGUGAAAAAUGAAAUUGAAUUAAGUAAGGGUGGUGAAGGAGGAACAGAGGAGGGAAAGAAGCAAAAAAAGGAGAAGAAGAAGAAGGAGGAGAAGAAUCUAGAUGGUGAGAAUGCAGAGGAACAAAAACAACAGAAUGAUAUAGAGAAAAAGAUGAGCAACAAUGUGAAGGUUGAAAAUGGAGGGCUGGUUGUUCCACAUGAUAUAGAAAUUAGGUCCAAAAAGAGACAUGAAGCAGGGAGUGAGAACAAAUUACAUGCUGAAGAGAUAAAGACGGAGCAACGGAAGAAGAAGAGGAAGAAUGAAGAUGUGGAAGAUAGAUCCGAGGAACAGUCUAAGAAGAAAAUGAAAAGGAAACAUGAGGGUCAAGCUUAA